CGCUUCUCGCUGCGACACUACACGAGACUGCAGUGAGUUGGUCGCUGCCGUGCGUCGCUCUUCACUGCUUUUCGAUCGACACGAACGAUCGACUGCUCUGGGCCAGCCGUAGAUCGUAGAAAAUCGAUGUAGACUCACAACCUGUUACACUACCGGCACGAUCUUGCAUACGUCGGCCUCAACACGCACCAUUCUUGUGGCAGUAUUAGCCUUGACGGGCGCCAGCUAACCUGGACAUAUACUUAACUUGUACAGCUAGCGCGCAUUCACACGUGGAUCGCACUGAGUGCGCGGCAUCGGUACGUGAAUUCGAAUCGAGGAAAGUAUCCUUAACGGUCGGAUGAUAGGAGAAAAGUGGCGUCGAUAUGUGACCUGUGAUCGUGUGUCAACAGUGUGCUGGCCAGCGGAGCACCAUGUCGACGAUGGACGUGUUUCGCAUCGCGCAACAGGGACCGCCGACUGCUGAAGAGGAACAAGGAAGACUGAAGGCUGAUCUGCAAUAUCUGCGGAGGAGGGGACUUCUGAAGGCGUCGGGUGAACUAUCGUACCAAGGACGUAAAUGCACCAGAUGCGGUGCACCGUUUGGUAGAUUUUACAACACCGGUGCACCGUGUACGCGGUGCAGGCACAGAGUUUGCAGGCAGUGCCGUAUCGAGGUCAGGAGCCCCACCGAUAACAAAGAAGUCGAAUGGAUCUGUAACGUUUGCUACAAGAUCGCGGAAUUGCACGUUGUCACCGAGAAAUGGACCUUCGAAAAUUCGGUAUGUAAAGGAUCUAUAAAUGGAAAAGCAGCGUCGCCCGUAGAAUUAUUGAAGCAUAGCAUCAGACGAGCUUGGACUAUAAAUGGUCCACCCACACGCUGGUCAGCGGCCAGGAAAUCGGCCGAGUUUCGAGUAUAUCGGAGUUUGCCGUCCCGUCAUCAGGAAUACCGAGAAAUCAUUGCGAGGAGCGAAAUCGUAAAACCGGGCGACGUCGAAACAUCGAAUAAUGCGAAGGAACCAGUUAUCGACGAGGCAACCUUACAUACCGACGACGACGACCGUAACGAUCCUGCGAAGGGGGAUCCUGCUCAAUGCAAAGAUGCGAUAAUAACGAAGAGCGAAUCGAUCUCUGUUCAAGAGAAAUUCACGCCUCGAGUCGAGACGAACGAACGAACGAAUCCGAAACGAGGAGGGGAGGGGAGAUCGUGCAAUAAACAGGAAGAGGAAGUGGCAUCGUUGGAUGCCGUAAAAACGAAGAGAAACGAGCGAUCGUUGUUGGCCAACGGUAAUAAAACGAAAAUCGAAGAGCAGGAGCAAGAGGUCGGCGGUAGCCAGGAACAGUGCACGCCGAGGAUUUCUUUGAUAAAACCACCGAGGAUAUUGUCCAAGUUUAUUUCACCGGAGAUAAAAUCGGGCACGAUUAAGCAUGGGGAGAGAAAAUCGAAUAUACCGAUAUUUAAGAGAAGUUGCAAGGAGUUUGAGGAUAUCAGAAGCCCCCAAGAAUCACCUAAACGUUCUCUCAUACCUCAAAGAUAUCGAGGAAGUACCGACGAUCUGCGUCGCAGCCGGGAGGAUAUAAGUUUGCCUAGCUUGAUCCCAAAACUGCUCUCCCCCCGUGUCAAGGAGGACCGAUUGAAGCGUCAGGACAGCAAAGACGACAUCCGUUGCUCGUCCAAAUCGAUUAGAAAAGAAACGAAAGAGGAAACUCGUGGAUCUGGCGUCCAAUCGACAGGGAAGGAGGACUCUAAGUACGUUAUACGGCUAUUCCGGCGGGACAACAGCCGCGAGGACGUGGGUAGGGAUAGUUUGAAUUCAAAUGCGAAUAGCUCGGCCAUAGCUGCAAAAGGAAAGCAAGGUGGUAAAGAAGAGAAGCAGGAGAGGACGGAGGAACAACGCGUGGGCGUCUCGACCACGUCGAAAUCGAAGUCGACGGUGCACGAACAAGGAAAGGCGAAGGCAAGAGAAGGUAGCAAGGAGAGCCUGGAUGGGAAGAGGAAUGACGAGGAAGGGCCAUGUGCGAGCCAGCAUGAGAGAGUGAAAGUGGAGGCCAAGGAACAGACGAUGCUCGACGUGGUCGUCAACGACGAGAAGAAGCUGGUGGAAGAGCAAGAGGGCGUGAAGAAAGGAGAUAAGGAGGAGAUACUUGGAUGCACGGAGGCGAGGAAAGAAGGAGAGUCGAUGGUCGAGGAGGCAGAAGUAUUCGAGAACGAUAAGAAUAAGGACUCUAUGAAGGAGAUUAGCGAGAGUUUGAUAGAAAAUUCUGAACCCGAUUGCAAUGCGUUUGGAACGUUUGAGAGGAAGGAUAUUGGAAUACAUGGAAGGAGAUCCGACGAUUUUCAAGUGGUACGGAGGAAAUUUUCAAAAGAGGAGUUUUCUAAUCCUGAUGACACGGAUGACACUCCCAAUAAACGCUGUUCCAGUCAUUUAUCUCCGGAAGCGAGCCCACUGAGCACGAGAUCCUCGAGAUACAGCCCAAGGGAGAGCGAGAGCGAGCCAACCCCGGCACUUCCACGGAAAACAGGCGACUCGUGCUCGGCAUCCCAAAGAAUACGGGAUGCGAUCACGAGGACCAGAAGGGAAUCGAAUAGCAGUACUAGAUACGAGAGUAGCGGUAGCGAGAGUGUGAGAUUAAGUGAGACUGGUCUUCAUGGAUACGUAGAACUGGCUAGGAAAGUGAAAUUUUUCGGUGGUAACGGAAGUGGCACGAUUCCAUUGACGAUCGGAAGUGAUGAAGUAGUGCAACGCGAUAGCGCAACAAGUGCAGGUGAAGAUGAUCCUCACGAUGAUAAUCAUGGAAGAACAGGUCCUGUUUCUUCUCAAGGAAGAAGCAUGCUUCGUAGAAGAAGACAAUUUGACGCUCAAGGUUCCAGACGAAGAGGCCGAUCGCACGCGAGGACCUGUUGUGCCGAGGAGUUGCAAGGUUUCCAAACGUUGCACGUGAUUGGCCGGGACGGAAGGCAGCACAGUCCCACGGGAAGCGGUCAACAGGAGCAGCCGUUGGUCGACUACAGGCGGCUGGUGUUCAUCAGCUCGGACUCGUCCUCGGGAAGGGAAGAGGACGACGCUGACAGCAGUUGCUCGAGUUCCUCGUUUCUCAACGGUUUGCCGCGCGCAGGCAGCCGCACGCAGUCGUUGGAGGAUUGUGACUGGGAUUAUUUCGAGAGUGGGUCCCUCCCGCUGCCCGCCGGAGUUCCGGUUGCCAUAAGCACGAGCAACGUUGGCACGGAGACGAGCGCGGGUCCCCAGGAUUGGAGCUGUUGCCCUGGACGCGGGUCCACCGCUUGCCAGGAAGCUUGGAUGUUGGAUGAAAGAAUCUAUUAUCAAUUUCGUCGUUGCAAGGUAGCUUGGAUAGUGGAUGACGAUAUUUAUUAUCUCUAUCAUCGUAUUAAGGCCUGUGGAGGUUCCCGGGGAGCGAACGUGUUACCAGUGCCGGUACCAAUUCCAGUUCCAGUCCCGUAUCCGGUCCCAGUUCCGGCAUCUCUGUGGACCAGCGACUUUGCAGCAGCCGCAUCCUCCAUGAUAAGUCGCAGCGGGGAUGCCCACUCAGAGCCAGGAACACUGAGGUUGAGAGGCGACCCAGCUGCGCCCUGGUUCGCCUGGCAUCCACGAUUCAACCAACCAUUGCACGGUUCCAGACUCGAUCCAAGGUUGACCAACGUCUUCGACCCUGCUACCCUUGGCUCCUUCGCGCCCGACCAAGUCCUGUACUCGACCAUCGAGCCGUCCUCCAUACCGACCACCGAACAACUCCGUCAACGAAUGACCAACCUGCGCGUCGAUCGAGACGAGAACGACGACGAUGCUGGGAACGCGAAGGGGACGAGGAGGCAGGAGGCCGCUUUGCUGGACGUUUCUAACGUUGAGUCGUUGAAAGUCGUCGACCAAUUGUCCACCGAUGUACAGGCGAUAAACAAGGAUAAGUUGGACGAGUCGAAGAAGAUGGGAAGCGAUGACGAUGAGGCGGAGGAAGGGAAGGAGGACGAGGAACCACCGCCUACCUGUCAAGAUUCCGUGGCUUUCGAGAACAGAAGGCAAGGGCAGAGGAUGUACGAGGAUUCUGGCAGCUCCUCCGGCCGUUCCUCGGCGGACAGCAGCGACUUGGAGGACGAUUCCUCGUCCCACAGGUUCUCCAGGGUGUUCGUCGUGAACGACGAUUCGCUCACGAGCGACAACGACAUCGAGGACAACGGAGACGAGGACGAGGACUCUGAUUCCGCCGCCGAGGACGGGAUCACUUUGAAGAGAGUGACGGCUCUCCCCGACGAAGAGCCCGUGGUCCUCCAGUACGUUAGAUUCUUCAACGAGGACGCGAAUUUUGAGAAUGGAGGGGAGGAGAAGAGGCGAAAGGAUGACAGCUUGGAGAUGAACGAUAAGUCUGCACGAGAGGGAAACGUUAACGAGAAACGUAGAUCCCGAGGCAGGAAGCAUAAUUUAGAGGCGAACGAUAAGAGGAUUUCUUUGUCGUUGCAGCAACGAGAGAUGCCCGAGGAGAUGUACAUAGCCAGCGACAACGAUUGUUCGGAGAGUCAGAUCGAGUUAAAGUCUAUAAAGAGUUUGGAUCCCGACAGCAUAGAACCUGUUAUACUCGAUAACCCGAAUGUUGUGGAAAAUAACCUAAAAAUCGAGACGACAGAGUCCAACGAUGAGAAUAAUUUGGACAAUCAAACGCAAUUGUCAUCCACCGAUACCUGGGACUCUAACAUAAUUCCAGACUCGUUGGAAGUAUCCGCGCAAGAAAUUGUGAACGAGGAGAGAGAAGAUCGUAUUAAUUUCGAAACGAUAAUCGGUAAUUCUAAGAUGACAACGGAACAUUCUUUAGGAUGCGACAGUUUCACAAGCAACGAAACAAACACCACGGGCAGCGAGAUAAGCAGCGACGAGCUUCACGAGUACGAGGUAACCUCAAACUUUUUCGAGCGCAACGACGAUUUACUGUCGCGAUUGAACAAAAGUAACGAAGAGAGGUCGUCGUGGUCGCGUGAACGGCACGAAGGCAGCAGCGACAAGAGUUGCGAGGAAUCGAACGGCGCGAGAUGGAGGGAGCAAUUGUUGUCGCGAUUCGAGGUUGAGCAGCAAUCUCCGUUGGAGAUUAUCGAUGCCAUCGAUAACGCGGAGGAUGACGGAUCGAGACGCGAGGCCGAAGAUGGCGCGACGACGGGAGACGAGAGCGCGUCACAGUCGAAGAGAAUCGAAACAACGGCGGGGGACAAGAUGGAGGAAGAGACGUUGAACGCAGGUAAAGCGGGCAAUGCGCAUGACAGCACGGUGAGAGGCGAGUGUCAGGUGGUAGGAGAAGUUGGAGGUGGAGGUGGUGAAGGUGGUAGUGGUGAUGGUGGUGGUGGUGGUUGUGGCGGCGCGGAGGAGGGGAUAGAAGGGGUUUCGACACGGUUUCUCUCAGUCGAGCGACGCCCGUCCAUUGGAAAGGAGAAUGGAUCCCCCGCUUCGACCAAGGAUUCGCUCAACAUCAGAGACAACGGCCCCGCUCAUCAGUGCUCGCCAGCUACGGCAAACAACAAGUACAGAAGCCUCGUGAUGAUCACCCAGGAAGCGUCUUACCAACCCGUGAGCGUGAUCACCUCGGACACGACAACGUUGCUGCAGCCGGAUGAAGUGCGCCAGGCCGGCCAGGGCCUGGCUGGCUACUUCCAGCUGGCGUUGGAGGCCGUCUCGGAGCAGCCGCAUCGCAAGAACGGCCAGGGGCCGAGGAAACCGUUGAUGGUGAAGCGUUUACCCAGCGUAGCCGCGAAUCAUUCCGAGACGGAGGUGGACAGCGGGUUGAGUGUCGGCAGUGCUAGUGAGAGCGACGAUGUCUCGGUGAAAAAUUCGACGAAGAUCAACGGAAGGCAGGCGGAGAGCCACGAGGAGCAACGUUUGGCGAACAACGAGCACGGUGCGAGGACACGUGUCUCCUCCCAGUCCAGUGACGAGAAUUCUCCGGGUGGUGGGGUGGUGAUCCUGGAGGAAGGGUUGGCCGACGAUGACUCGUGGGUGGAGGAGGUCUCUCACGACGAGGACGAGCCCGGUGCGACGACCGCCACCGAGGAGAGCUCCGAGGACGAGGCGAACAACCUCGGGGACAGGGAAGAGGAGCUUCGCGGCUAUCACAGACAGGCCAUAGACUUCACCUUGCACACCAUAGUGGAGGAGUCUUGCGAGGAGAGCGAGGCGGAGCCGAGCCUGGCCGCCGGCACCCCGUCCAAGAAGCAGAGGCCGCCGUCCGCCUCCGAGCUGGAGAAGUACUUCUUCUUCGGCCUCGGCGGCGACGGGAACAACUCGAGCAUGGGCUCGCGCGAGGUGGACAGCCUGUCGGAGACUUCGUCCAUCUACUCGGAGGGUUUGGAGUCGCUUGGACAGGACGAGGCGCCGGGAGGGGGCCAGGGCCAGAGCCAGGAGAGGUCGUCCAGGGGGGAUCCCGGGGAUGGGUUUUUGAAUUCGUCCAGACUGGAGAAAUACUUUUUGUCCGAGUUUCUAGGCUUCGACCAGGACAGGAGGGAUUCGGACGGCUCCGUGGGGAGCGAUUCCGAAGGGAGGCCGAGUCCCGAGGCGCAGAGGAGGAAGAAGCUGGUCCGAGCGAGGGGCACAGGCAGGUCGCACAGCUCCUCCCUGGACAACCUGCUCGCCCUCGCCUCUCAGAGCUCGCAGAACCUGAGCUCGCAGAACUCUCUUCAAGACUUGAGUUUGAACCAGGAUUCCCAAGAGACGCAAUCGGAAGGCUCGUCCACGGAAACGGAUGGGGCGGACGACGGCGGUCAAACGGCGGCGUUUGGGACGGAUGGACAAUUUGACACCGUGAAACGGAAGAAGAAGAAGCCUAGAAAUCUGGGCACGCAGAGCCCCCGCGUCCCGGACGAUAGGAACAAAACCCCGGAGCCUAACCGAGAAAUGGCGUUGGUUGGAGAGGUAGUGAUGGAGAACGACGGGGAAGCUGUUAACUCGGAGGACUCGGAAGACAGGGCGAGAACCCCUCAACCGGAAUGCGUUUUGUCCUCUUCCUCCUCCCCGUCGACCGCGAACAACACUCUAACGUCAACCUCGCUCGCCGAUUCUUCCAGGAACGUGCAGAUCAGCUCGCCAGAAUCUUUGAACUACAAUCAAAGGUCGAAGCAGCAGUCGAGGGAUUCGGGAUUCGUGGGCAGUUGCGACGAUCUUCUUCAACAUCAGAAGUUGCCAGAGGAUGGCCAACCUGCUGGUUCCGAGAUCGGCCAAGAGGGUGGGAAAGAUCGGUCCAACGGCGAGGAGAGGGAGAACGGUGAGGACGCGGGUCAAAUUUCCAACGAGGGUAACUCUGGAGGGAUGGAGAAAGUGAUCAAAGUGGAUCAUCAUUUGAGCCACGCGUUGCCUCACUUGCCGAACGCUUCCCUGUCGAGGAAGGACAGCUUCAACAAUUGGUCGAGCGACGAGGAGACGAACUUGAUGAUGUCCAAGAUGAGACAGUUCUUCAAAACCAUGGUGGCCAAUUCGAACGGGCAGAAUCAAAAUGGGAAUGCAAAUUCGAGCGCUGCUUCGCCAGCGCCCAGCCCCAGGUUAACGGGGUACGCGUCCAAGGCGAGAUUGUGCUCGCAGAAUCGUACGAAGCCGCCUCAACUGGUGUAUUUUGAAAACGAAUUGACCAGAUUAAUGAAAACGGUGCCGGGAAUUCGGGACGAGCAAGUGAGGGAAAUAGUGGAAUACCUUAGCUCGGAAGACACGUGGUCAGAUUCGUACGACAGUUCGGAUUACACUAGUUCUGACUUGGAAGGGGCAGCAGGUGGGCGGAGAUCGGCGUUGCAGGAACAGAUCUCGCAGAGUUGUCAACAAAUUAUCAGCAAAUUCGACACUACGUCGGGUGACAAUCUGUUGGACAAAGAGAGAGAGGAUAAAACUGUGCCAACUCCAGGUGGGGGAGGAGUUCAGCCACCCUGUUUAGGGAGAGAUACCGCGUUUGUGUAUCAGAAGCUCGUUCAGAGUUUCACGAAGAUGGCAGGCGAUGGGGUUAGCUCUGACGCCAAUUCGACGCCGCACAGCAGUCCACCGUUGAUAGCUAAAGUGAUGCAUCACAUAGGCAGCAGAUUGGUCGCUUUGAUGCACGAAGUCUCCGAGGGUGGGCCAGCAAGCGUGCAGCACCACUCCACCAGUUGGAGGCGUUAUUCUCAACAUCACAGAACACCCUCCUCAGCCUCUACCACCGAGGACGAUGAUUCCACCUCGGACUCUACCAAUGCACCUUCCUCGACGCAUCUGCAGUUACCCAGGUCAAAAUCUCACGAUCCUUUGCUGUUGAUCAACAGCCAUCCAGCUGCCUCCGCUGGACAAGAGGGAGAGGAACGAGAGGCCAGUGAUUACGAGAGGUUCUCUUGGAGAGGAAGCUUUGAAUCAGCGCUAAUGGCUGCUGAUUCCAGGACGAAAUUGAGCCUUUUGGCUUGUUCUGGAGACAGUGUCGGUGCUAGUGCUAGUGCUAAUGCCUUGGCAAUGGCAGCUAAGAGAAGAAGUGCUGGAGAUUUGUUGUUCAAUCCCAAAAGCUUCUCAAGAGAACAAUUGGACAGAGUUAGGAGCUGUGGUUCCAUCGGGGGUGGAAGUGGUGGUGCUGCCAGUGCUGGAUCAGUGGAGGAAAGGAUCUGGAGUAAUAGAAGAAGAUCGUCUGUUCCUGAUGCUAACACAAGGGGGGAAUCUGAUACGUCUACAGGUGACGAGGACACCGAAGACGAGCUCGAAUACAGCGGUGAAUCUCGAGCAACGACUCUUCCACGCGGAAUGCAAUCCGCCAUCACCGCCGCUACCAAUUCUUUACCACGUUUACCAGCAUCCACCGCGCCUUCCGGUUUAACGACGACGUCAUCAACCACGCCAUCAACGACGAUGCACAAAGCGCACAGCGUCUAUCAUUUUCUGCCUCAACAUUCUGGCGUGAAAUCGGCCAGAUAUCGCCCUCCAGGAUUCGCGAGGAACAGCAACGUUCCUGGUGUACUGGGAGGACCGAAACGUGCGGUCAGUGCUCCGGGAUUACAAGUGUCGGGAUCUCAGUCUUCGAAUGGAAAACGUGACAAUUCGAGGUCAAGAAGGCAGCAGACUAUGUCUCUCACGCCUGAUGAUGGAAGCAGCUUGUCAGAAGCGUGCAGCACCCCGAUCAUCGGCGCGGGAUCGCGAGCAGGAUCUAGUCACACGGUGAUCGACGUGGACGACAUGGAUUCUGGAUUGCAUUCUGGACACCUUGCCACGCGGGCAUCCUUGUCCAGUCUUGGAGCACGUUCGGAUUCGAUGGCGUCGGUUUAUAGCGGUGCCGGUGAGGGACGGUGCUGUCGCUCGGUGGUGGUCACAGGAGAAGUCGAAUUCGCGUUGCAAUACGAUUAUAAACAUCUAACGUUCGAGGUGCACGUAACGAAAUGCAAAAAUCUAGCACCCGUUGACGUAAAACGCAAACGUUCAGAUCCUUAUUGCCAAUUUGUAGGAGCUUUCAACACAUACGUGAAAGUGUAUUUAUUACCUGACAAAUCAAAGAGCGGGAAACGAAAGACGAAAGUGAAGAAGCACACGCUGAAUCCUGAAUUUAACGAAACAUUGAAGUUCCAUAUGAGUCUGAGCGGCCUAGAGACCAGAACAUUAUGGCUGACUGUUUGGCAUUCAGACAUGUUUGGACGCAACGAUUUCCUCGGCGAGGUUCGAAUGCCCUUGGAGAACAAAAUCUUCGAUGAUCCUACACCCAAAUGGUAUCCUCUUCAAGAACGAACAGAACCGUUCGAUGACCCUGUUGCAUACAAAGGCGAGGUGAUCGUCGGUUUGAAGUUCGUGCCACCGGAUCCUACGCAACAGGAACGUGAUCGAGAAGCAGGAUCAGAACGUAGUACCUCUAAGUCUAAGAAGAAUAUGAGCCGUGGCGCGUUACACGUGCUCGUAAAGGAAGCUAGAAAUUUGCAAACCAGGGCAAAGAAUUCAGGAACGUGUGAUCCAUUCUGUAAAAGUUACUUAUUACCUGACAAAGGUCGCUCAGGAAAACAAAAGACUGGAGUAGUACGCAGAUCUGGUGGUUCACCAGUAUGGGGUCACACUUUCAUUUAUAAAGAUGUGAGUCUUCAAGAAUUAGCAGAACGUGGACUGGAAUUAACAGUCUGGGAUCACGAUCGUAUAGCCAGCAACGAAUUUUUAGGAGGUGUUAGAUUUAAUCUUGGCACAGGAAAACACUAUGGAAAACCAGUAGAUUGGAUGGAUGCAACCGGUCGAGAAUUAUCCCUUUGGCAAAGCAUGCUUGAGAGGCCUAAUUUCUGGGUGGAGGGUGCCGUGACUUUGAGGCCAAAUUUGCAUAAUCAUGGGAAAAACAGCAACACCUAAUCAUUAAGCAUCGUCUCAGUGAUUUCUUUUGUACUUAAAAUGACAGUUUCGAGUGUUCACUUCGUUGGACCCUUGUUAGUUCCAUCUCAACGAAGCUCGGUUACGCUUCGGCCUUAGUUUAACUUCUAAAUAUUGUAUUAUUGUGUCAGUGUCAAGAGAGGACCACAUUCGUCUAUAUAAUUUCGAAAUUUCGAAGUUUCGAAAAAAAAAAAAAAAAAUAUCAGUGCCUUUGGGGCCAAUGUAAACGCAUUGUAAUCCUUGUCCACCGGGGCACAGUCUAUCAUUUAGACUCUAAAUUCUCGGGAAUGCGAUAGAAAGUGGUCGUAGGUAUUAUUAACCUGUGAGAAAGAUCCAAGGAAUCAAAUCUUGGUCAUCAUGAAAAUUUAGUAUUUACCGUUCCAGUUUACUUUGUAAAUGAUCAAUUAGCCGAUACAAUUAGAAUUUUAGAAUCUGUUAGCUUCCGUUUGCUUCCGAGUUAAGUUUACUUUUGUAGGUAUUUUGUUUGCAAUUUCUUUUUUUUUUUUUUUUCUUUUUUGCUGUAUGAAAAAAUCGUACUAUAUAUGAUUUUUUUUUUUUCAAGUGAAUUUCUUUUCAGUUUCCUUUUUGAUUAUAUUUUCUUCUUCUUCUUCUUUUGUUUUUCCUUUUCAUUAAUUUCCUCCUUUUCUUUCAUCAUCGUAUAUAUAUAUAUAUAUUAUAUAUUAUUACAGAAAGUCCUAGCCAGAUGAUCAAUGGAACAUCGACACGGACACGCAAAAUUCGUGCAAUAUAAUGAAAAAAGACGUUUGAUUCUUCUCGUUGAUUAUACAAUUUUUAUUAAACGAUUAAAGAGAGAAAAUUUUUAAAACGGACAUCCGUCCAAUCGUAAGGCGAGAUUGAACAUUGUGCAUGAAAAUUCUUCGUGGCCAAUCGUAUUAUUAUAAUUUUAAUAGAAAAUGGCCUCGUUCCAAACGUACACACAUAUUUUUUGGGGAAACAUUCGUCGAUCGCAGCAAUAAGAUAUUAAAAUCCUUCCAGAGAAUGGAGAAAAAAAAAAAAAGAACAUAAAACGAUAUAUAUAUACAUAAAUAUACAUAUUAUAUAUUUUACGAAGUAAAUUUUACUUUAUAUAUAUAAUCCAAGGACAAAAGGUUCCAGCGUUUGGAACGUGGCUUGCAUUGUGGACACUUUCCUUUCUUGGAGAGAGAAAGAUGCUUCCAGUGUGUACAAUACUCGAAACGAUUUCUCGCGUUGAGUUGUCAGAUAUCGAUGGAAUGGUGUGUUUAAGCAAUUAAAUAUGACCGAUUCCUAUUAAAUAUAUCCAUAUAAAUAUUAUUAUAUUUAUACAUUCACAGUAAGAUUACGUAAUAUAAGAUAGGCCAUGGGGCUUUUGGAUCAUUAUCAACGGAAGGAAUUCUUAACAAAAAAAAAAAAAAAAUAAAUAAAUAAAAAAAAAAGUGAAAAAAAAUAAAUAAAAAAAAAUAUCAGUGUUUCGAGAUAAAAUAUACGAAUGAUUAAUUAUGAAAAUAUAUGCAAAACACUGAUCCACGAAACACUUCCUUUUAAGAAUAAUAUUAGUAUAUUGAAUACUAAUUACAUCCGGGACGAAUCGAAAGGCUGAUGUAAUCGUACUUAACUAAUUAAUUAUAUUACAAUACCGAAUUUUUCGGUAUUAUCGCAUAUAGGAAAGCAUAGCGUGUAACACAUGGAUCGUGUAUACUUAUCCAUAAGGUUCUUCCUAAAUACAGGGUUAACAAUCGAUAACUACUUUAAACUGCCUUCGACGUAAGUUCUUCUCGUAAACGCGUGUCAAAGAAACGAUCGUUAGGAAAAUUUGCCAAUACGUCCGUGAAAAAUGAGUUUUGGAAUUGAAUGUGCUGUGUUUGUUCGUAACUUGUUGUCGGGAGGAUCGAACUGCGCGUGGAAAAUAUUGUUGCGAGACUACUAUGUUGUGUACAUUUAAGGACCAAUAACAUUAAAUUAUGAUAAUAAAACUGAUACGAUAACAGGAAGAAAAAAAAA